AUGUCGCUCUCCGGAGACCGGUCCAACUCCACCCUCGGUGGGAACUUCUCCUCCAGCCAUUCCACCCCCGGGGACCUCAGCAUCCAGUGGUCAGCGCCCACCGUCUUGUUCACCAUCAUCACCGCCCUCACCUUCCUGCUGGGCGUCCCCGGCAACGGCGCGGUCGUCUGGGUGACGGGCUUCAAGAUGAAGAGGAGCGUCCACACCGUGUGUUUCCUGAACCUGGCUGUGGCGGACCUGACCUACUGCCUCACCCUCCCCUUCCAGCCGGCCGCCGUCUUGGUUCAGUCCUGGCGCCGAAUCCACGUCCUCUGGAACUUCCUCUUAUGCGCCGUCACUCUCAACAUGUCCGCCAGCAUCUUCCUGUUGACUCUGAUCAGCAUCUCUCGCUGCCUGGCCGUCACUCGGCCCAUCUGGUUCCGCCAACGCCUGCCCCUGGCUUGGGUGCGUGCGGCCUGCUUCGGGGCCUGGGGCCUGGCCUUCCUCACCUGCCUGCCCCACCUGCUGAUUGAGCAGAUUUUCCAGUAUCUCGGGGACAAGACCGGAGUCACGUUGGAGGUAACUUGGGCCGUCUUAAUCUUCAGCCUCCCCGUGGUGAUCAUGGCCGCCUGCUACCUCCUGAUUGCCCGGGAGCUGCGCGGGGACCAGUUCGCCCAGUCCAGGAAGCCCGUCCGCCUCAUCGUGACCGUGGUGGCGGCCUUUAUCGUCUGCUGGCUCCCCAACACUGUUUGCCGCCUUCUCCAGGCCUUCUCCCAACCCGUUUCUUGGGACUGGACCUUCAUCACCUUCGGUGUGGCCUCAUUCAACAGCGCCCUCAAUCCCCUUCUCUACGUCUUCGUCGGCCGCGACUUCCGCCAGGUCUUCAGGCGCUCCCUGCCCGCCUCGCUCCGCCUCACCUUCGCCGAGGAGGGAGUCAGCGUUGCUAAGGUGGCUAUCCGUGGGUCCUGGAAGCAGGAGGCUGAAGGAGCUGCCUGGGCGGACUGCCGAGGGAUGUUCCGGGGUUAUGUCCGUGCCCGGGUAGCCGUGGAGAAGGAAUAUGCUGUGUCCACGGGGUCGAAACUCAGAAAGCAGCUCAGUUUGGGGAAGUUGGGUCGGUCCGGGAGCAUUGUACACCGCAGGGGGUAA